GGUGGCGCGGGCGCGCGGCCGAACGCAAGCGCCAGGGGGCGGGGUGGGGGAGGGGUCUAGUCCUUCGAGAGCCGGGUUGGGCUCGCGGCGCCAGGAUUGGUCGGCCCUGACUCCGCCUUUAGCACAUCUCAUUAGCAUCUCAUUAGCUGUCCGCUCGGGCUCGGGAGGCAGCGACCGCCGCCAGUCUGAGGCAGGUGCCCGACAUGGCGAGUGCUGUGCUGCCGAGCGGAUCCCAGUGUGCGGCGGCAGCGACUGUGGCGGCGGCGGCAGCGCCUCCCGGGCUCCGGCUCCGGCUCCUGCUGUUGCUCCUCUCGGCCGCGGCACUGAUCCCCACAGGCGAUGGACAGAAUCUGUUUACUAAAGACGUGACAGUGGUCGAGGGAGAAGUCGCGACCAUAAGCUGCCAAGUCAAUAAGAGUGACGACUCUGUGAUUCAGCUGCUGAAUCCCAACAGGCAGACCAUUUACUUCAAGGACUUCAGGCCUUUGAAGGACAGCAGGUUUCAGCUGCUGAAUUUUUCCAGCAGUGAACUCAAAGUGUCACUGACAAAUGUCUCAAUUUCGGAUGAAGGGAGAUACUUCUGCCAACUCUACACCGACCCCCCACAGGAGAGUUACACCACCAUCACAGUGUUGGUCCCUCCACGUAACUUGAUGAUCGAUAUCCAGAAAGACACUGCAGUUGAAGGGGAGGAGAUUGAAGUCAACUGCACCGCCAUGGCCAGCAAGCCAGCCACCACCAUCAGAUGGUUCAAAGGGAACAAGGAGCUCAAAGGCAAAUCGGAGGUGGAAGAGUGGUCGGACAUGUACACUGUGACCAGUCAGCUGAUGCUGACAGUGCACAAGGAGGAUGAUGGUGUCCCAGUGAUCUGUCAGGUGGAGCACCCUGCGGUCACUGGAAACCUGCAGACCCAGCGGUAUCUGGAAGUCCAGUAUAAGCCGCAAGUGCAUAUCCAGAUGACUUACCCUCUACAAGGCCUAACCCGGGAAGGGGAUGCGCUUGAGUUAACAUGUGAAGCCAUCGGGAAGCCCCAGCCCGUGAUGGUAACUUGGGUGAGAGUCGAUGAUGAAAUGCCUCAACACGCCGUACUGUCUGGGCCAAACCUGUUCAUCAAUAACCUAAACAAAACAGAUAAUGGUACUUACCGUUGUGAGGCUUCUAACACAGUGGGGAAAGCUCAUUCAGACUACAUGCUGUAUGUAUACGAUCCCCCCACAACUAUCCCUCCUCCCACAACAACCACCACCACCACCACCACCACCACCACCAUCCUUACCAUCAUCACAGACACCACGGCGACGACAGAACCAGCAGUUCACGGCCUUACUCAGUUGCCCAAUUCCGCAGAAGAGCUGGACAGUGAGGACCUCUCAGACUCUCGAGCAGGUGAAGAGGGCGCCAUUGGUGCUGUGGACCACGCAGUGAUUGGCGGUGUUGUGGCUGUGGUCGUGUUUGCCAUGCUUUGCUUGCUCAUCAUUCUGGGCCGCUAUUUUGCCAGACAUAAAGGUACAUACUUCACUCAUGAAGCCAAAGGAGCCGAUGACGCAGCAGACGCAGACACAGCUAUAAUCAAUGCAGAAGGAGGACAGAACAACUCCGAAGAAAAGAAAGAGUACUUCAUCUAGAUCAGCCUUUUUGUUCCAAUGAGGUGUCCAACUGGCCCUGUUUAGAUGAUAAAGAGACAGUGAUACUGGAACUUGCGAGACGCUCGUGUGUUUUUUAUGAGUGGGUGGAAAGAUGCGAGACUGGGAAGGCUUGGGAUUUGCUAUGUAAAAACAAAAAGAAAAAAAUGUUCUUUGAAAAGUA